GUUCAGACUCGCCCUGCCUCCCUUCGCUCUCCAAGAAACCCGGAGAAAGUCCCAGCCUGGUCCUCCUCCACCACACACCGAGCUCAAUGAGCGCCGAGCUUGUCCGCACACACGCCUAGUUUCGCCCGGUCGUCACUCGAGCCCAGGAAUGCCAUGGCCACUCAGCCCAACCAGGACUACUUCCGCUCGGUCAGCAGCGAGUCCACUACCUACAUGAUGGUGCCUGCGAGCGGCCGCAGAGAGUCUCCGUCCAAGCUGUGGCUCGCCAUGGUGGUGAUUGUGGUGGUGGUGCUGCAGAUCGCCUCCACCACCGGACUCUUCCUCUACCUAAACAUGUCCCUGUCCCAGGUGAAGAACCAAGGCGUAACAGAAGAGCUGCGAUGUCUGGGAUUGCUCAAUGCCCUGGAUAAAAACCGGGAUAUUCCCGAGGACCUGGCCCAGCUCUUAGGAGAAUCCUGCAUCAAACUGGCUGAAGGCAUCAAGGCCUACAUCUCUAAGGUAACAGAGAAUAUCAUCUCCAGACAGACAUUACAAGAAGCGAGAACCAUACCACAUAGUUACAACACUACAGGGGUAAAGUUUGUGACACAGAGACCUUCAGCCCACCUUACACUCAGCAGCGUACAAGGUGCCACCCCUCAGUAUCCGAGUCCGCAGGCGGACUUGCACCAGUCAUGCCGCCACCCCGUGCGCUCCUGGGCCAAUCAGAGCUUCGGCGCCCACCUGCACAACAUGACACUGGCCAAUGGGCGUCUCCGCGUGCCUCAGGAUGGCCGCUACUACCUGUAUGCGCAGGUCUACUUCCGCUACCCGUCACCCAGCGAGGGCGAGCAGAAGGGCACCAGCCACCAGCUGGUUCAGUGCAUCUACAAGAAAACAUCAUACCUGAGACCCAUCCAGCUGCUGAAGGGUGUAGGCACCAAGUGCUGGGCACCUGACGCUGAAUACGCCCUGCACUCCGUCUACCAGGGAGGUCUGUUCGAGCUGCGCGCUGGCGACGAGGUGUUCGUGUCCGUCUCCUCCCCCUCAAUGGUGCACGCUGAGGACUCCUCCAGCUACUUCGGAGCUUUCCGGCUGGACCUGUGAGGGCGGAUCAGAGAGACUGCGCCAAGGUUACAUUACCCAAGAGGCACUGGGAGGUUUUCGUUGUCUCUAUGUGGUCCGAGGAGACAGCUCAGACAUUGCAUUGUUUUAUUUUCUUUUAAUAGAAUGAGAUUUUUUUUAUAUAUGUGAAGGAAGUGGUUCAGACAAUUGGACUCCCUUUUUUUUUUAAGGCGGAAGAAUGUAUGUAUAUUUUUAAAAGCACAUCAAAGAUGUGGAUCUUGGAAACGGUAGCAAAAAGGACAGCAGGAUUGCCAGAACUUUGUGAGGCUUCAUCUGUGCCAAUCAUGUGCAUGUUUGAUGUAUGAGAAGAAAAACUGAGCUUUCGCCUCAGGCCACUGGGCAUCGGAUAUAAUGCAUUUUUCAAAUAUAUUCAGAUGCAAGCAGAGAAGAGUGUGCCAGGGGAAAGAGGAGAGGUGUAUGCUGUGCAGAUGUAAGAAUUCUCUGUGGCCAGUCCAACCAGUGGAGCAGCAUGCAAUCACAGAUAGAGACCAGAUACCACCACCUAGACUCACUCUCUCUCUCUCUAUCUCUCUCUCUCUUUCACACAAACACAAACACAAACACACACACACACACAGAGACAAUGCAGAAUGCACUUGCUUAACCCAGUAAGCCAGAGAUGUGGGUACAAGAGAUUUGUUGCUCCUUUCAUUGAGUAGUCAGACUCAGUAAAUCAAAGGCACCGACAUGCUUACUUUCAAAUACACAUAAAUCAUAUACUCCCACUUAUGUCCUGCUUUCUAAAAGCAGACACGCCUCAGUCACCCAAACACAAACACGCCCUCAUUCAACAAGAACGCAGUCCACUCAGCUCGGACAUCUGUGAUUUAAAAAAGAGUGUAUGAAAGGUUAAACAAACAGGGUGCCAUACAGUUUAAAUGUCACACCCGUGGCCUUUUAAUGCUUUGUUUUCUCUAAAACAACAUUCACAUGAUCACAAACAUUUUCAGUGGAAUGACAUGUAUGUAACCUUUCUUUCUUUCUCUCUCUCUCUCUCCUUCUCUUCUCAGUUGUGUGUGUAUGUAUAUAUACAGUACAUGGUGGCUAUUUAAGUUUUCAGCAUGCCUCAUAUAUUGGGAGUGAAUAACGCAGGAGAUGUGACCUCAACUUCAACCUACUGAGGUUCUGAACAAGCAAAUGGUGACUGCAAAUGAGAAGAAAAAUCAGCAGGCCAACGUCUCUGCCAAUACAUAUCAUUUGAUGGACAACAGACUAAGGGUGAGGCAAUAAUGUGUAAUAUAAAUGGCCAGAUUCUUGAGAAAAGGCCAAGUUGGACUUCAGUGUAAUUUUUUUUUUCUUCCUGACUGGACUCCAGCCUGAAGUUUCUGAUAAUGCCACUAUUCUCAAGGCCUAAAAAACCAACUGCUGCCAAUACACAAUACACACAGGAGUGAAAUGCACAGCCCAAGCACUUUCUGUUUCCUUUCCCAAGGACUUGGCUGUGAGCCACAAUAGACGUUAUAAAUCAUCAUCUCCAUCUGGGACGACAUCUUGGAAGGAGUAAAUGCAUCAAGGAGACAUAUUUUGCAACAGGCGUAAUCGAUUCGAGCGAGCAUGAAUGCGCAAUAUCAGUCAUUGUAAAUGCAAAUGCCGAAGUGCCUUUCAGUGCUGCAUUGAUUUGAAUGUGUUAGCGUGCGAGGCUAUUGGACUUGGUCUGCACAAUAAGUAUAACAGAGGUUAUGGCAGGGUGUUACAAGUGAUUUGGCAGAGUCUGAGCAACAAAAAAAAAAGACUAAACAGAAUCAAAAGUAUGUUAUGAUUCAUAUUACUAGCUCAAGCCUCAACUUUUAGGCUAGGAUUUAUGCUCAAUUUGCUCUGUGUAAACUACAACUUGUUUCCAAAAUCUGUUAUCUCUAGCACAGCUACAGCUGAAAGCUGGCACGCAUGUCCGUUCCUCGUUUGUGUGAAAGAAUAUAACUCUCCAUACCAGCAGGUGGCAGUAGUCUGUCUUCAUAAUCAAAGACUCACCGGUUUGGUCUCACAUCUCACACUACCGCAGUAAAUAGUAUGUCAUUAUCAUACACCAUCUACUGAGCAGGUAUCCUGGCUUACUACAUUAGUAUACGAUUUAGUACAGUAGUAUGCAGAGGUGCCGACGUCUAUAGUUUUGCCUUAAUAUUAACAAGUUUUGACUCCUUGCUGUGACAAAACAGGAGAUACAUCAAAACUUUUGUUGUUUUAAGCUAAAGCAGUAGUCAAAUAACUCUCAAACACAAAUAAACUACAUGCAGCAUAAAAAGCCAAUUCACUGAAGGGGAAAGGACGCAGCCAUGAAAGACACGCAAUCUUUAUCUGGAUGAAUUUUGACCUGUGAAUUCACAAACUGUGGUUUUGUGGCCAAUAGAAAACAAGAUGGUGGAGCUAUGUUCUCUGAUAGGUAAAAGUGCACGGUGCUGUUUAUUAUUUAUGCUGUUAGCAUGGAGCCAUUUCUUCAUUCAACAUAUGCUAUAUGGCCAAAAGUAUGUGGACACCUGACCAUCACACCUCUAUGUGUUCCUUCCCCAAACUGUUGUAACAAAGUUGGAAGCACGUAAUUGUCUAGAAUGUCUUUAUAUGCUGUAGCGUUAUGAUUUCCCUUCACUGGAACUAAGAGACCCAAACCUGUUCCCGCAUGACUGUCCCUGUGCACAAAGCGAGCUCCAUGAUGACAUGGUUUAUCGAGGUUGAUGUGAAAGAUCUCGAGUGUCCUGCACAGAGCCCUGACCUCAACCCCACUGAACACCUUUGGGAUGGACUGGAAUGCCAACUCCAUAUUAAUGCCCAUGGUUUUGGAAAGGGAUGUUCUGUUUGUGAUGGUGAGGUGUCAACAUACUUUUGGCCUUAUAGUGUAUGCUAGGAUUUUUGUGGUAAAAUUAAGUUCUUUCUCUCUACCUGCUAGGACUUUGUUGCUUGGUGUGUACCUGAACAAACUAAUCUAGCUAGACACUUAUUUUUUUUGUAUGCGCUGUCUUGUGAUUGUAGUUUGCUUGUCACUUCUUUUCUCCUGCACAGAAUACUUUUUCCAUGCCACCAAUUCAACUGGUGUUGAUGAGAACCAACAGUACGGAACAAGCCACAUAAAAGCUAUGAGAGUUAGCCACUCACACAUAAUGUCCUCGAACUACCAGCAGUCAGCUUGCUGUGUCAGGGUCCUUACCAGAAACAGUCACGUCUGGUUGCACAGAAGCCCAACAGGGCCAAAUGUUUGCCCACGAGUAACCCCACACCAAUCCAAAGCACAUGCAACUGUGUGAGGGUGAGCAAUUCAGAAUUUCACUAUGGAAUACCGGCUAAACACACAAACUCCACUACAAACAAGCAAACACUACACUCUGACCCUGAUAUUGAGUGUUAGUGAGUGGCAGGUAACAGGUCACCAUGGACAGGCUAAAACAGUUACACUCUGCAGAAUCCCAGCGGCUUUAAACAGAUUCCAGACGGGAUCGCUUUCUCGAUAGACAGCGAGUAACCAAAUGUGAAAACGGUGGAAGAAACGUGUCUUAAAGUAAAUAUGUGUGUGAGUGUGAGUGUGAGUGUGUGUGUGUGUGAGAGUGUGUGAGUAUGAGUGUGUUUGUGUCUUGGAGAUGAUUGUACAACAUAGUGGAUGCCAAUUCAUAAAAUGCCCAGAUCUGAAAUAUUAAUGAACUGUUUGAGUUUUAUUCGAGACCAGACUGUGUUGCGGUGAAGUUUUUUUUGGAAAAAAAAAAAAAAAAAAAAAAAAAAUGAAUGUAGUCCGAACCCCGUGAGCAAUACAGAACAAAGGGGCUUUUGUAUUUCUUCUUCUGCCCAGGGCUGUGUAUGUUUUUUUUUUCUUUCGAAUUGUUCAUAAUCUUUAAAUCACCAAUAUGUGGGUCUCAUUUUUCCUUUGAUGAAAGAUAACGUGCACUGUUUACCACUGUUGUUUUCUCUCUAUAAGAAUGUACAAAUGUCUGAGGUUGAGUUUUUUUUUCUGUAAAAAAAGAAAUCCUUUGAUCUUUUGUGAUCUGUGAUUUUGAGGGACAUGUGUCAUUUCUAACAAUUAAAGUGCUUGUUUUCCAGCA